AAUCUUGUCAUGGGCGUCGUGACGAGCCAUGGCUGAAUUGAUUCGCUCCCGCGUCGGGUUUGGGCUGCUUCCGUCCGGGGCAGAGGAUGAGGCUUUCCCCACGGGGUUGCCCUUUGGAGUGUAGGUGUACGAUGAAGGGGGAUAUGCUAUUACCCAGUGCUGUUGUGACCCUUUGUCUGGGUUUUGUCUUGGUCCUUAGGGAAUCUUCUCUUCGUUCUGAAUCACUCUUGCUGAAGGUUGAAACAUUUAUUUUCCCUACUGGAGAGACGGUCGUCUUGUUAGGGCUAUUUCAAGUACAGUUACAGUACAGAAGAACAGACGAAGAACCAUGUCCCACAAACAAGGAACAACGCCCGCAGACAAGACACAAGAUGAGCAUAUUGAAUCAAUCGAGAACGCGCCACGUCGGGAGCUGCAACAUGCAAACGAACCUACUCAGGAUACAGCUCUUGACCUCAUGAGAGACGCAGGUCAUUCAGCCAUCCUAACGCCCGAGAACAACGCCAAAGUCCUUCGGAAGAUUGAUCUUAGGCUCCUGCCUAUCCUGCUGGGAAUCUAUUUCCUGCAGCAGGUCGAUAAGUCGACUCUCUCAUACGCGUCGGUCUUUGGUUUGGUCGAGAAGGCCCAUCUACAUGGGCAGGAAUACUCGUGGCUGGGGGCGGUCGUAUACCUGGUGCAACUCGUUGCUCAGCCAUUCGUCGCCUACAUUCUGGUCAAGGUGCCUCUGGGGAAGUUCCUGGCAUGUACGACCUUUUGCUGGGGCAUUGCCCUGACAUGCAUGACCCCAGCGAACACUUUUGCGAAGUUGUUGGUCUGUCGGAUGUUUCUGGGUCUCUUUGAAGCUGGUAUACCGCCGGCGUUCAUUGCGAUCACGCAAAUGUGGUAUCGACGACGAGAACAGCCCGUCCGGCUUGGUUCAUGGUAUGCUAUGAACGGAGUGGUGAACAUGUUUGGAAGUCUGAUAACCUACGGUCUUGGUCACAUUGGAUCUUCGGUCUUCGAGCCCUACCAGAUUAUCUUCUUGUUUUUCGGGCUCAUCACGAUUGUUUUCUCUGCCGUUGUAUUUAUUCUGACACCCGACUCGCCGAUGAAGUCCAAAUUCCUUCAUGAAGAGGAUAAAGUUCUGGCUAUUGAAAGACUUCGUAUGAACCAGCAAGGUAUCGAAACGCACGAGUGGAAAUGGCAGCAUGUGAAAGAAACAUGCCUCGACAUAAAGUCUUUCUUCUGGUUUGCUUUGAUGUUCUCAAUUUCAAUCCCCAGCGGCGGUAUCUCGACCUUCGGGCCAUUGAUCAUCGAAGCAUUCGGAUUCAACCAAUUUGACACAAUCCUCUUCAAUAUACCUUUUGGCGCUGUCCAGCUCAUUGCAACUAUGGGAGGGGCGUGGAUGGCGACUAAGCUCCAGAUGAAGGGUCCUGUCAUAGCUUUGCUCUGUUUGCCUGCUAUUGCGGGAUGUGUAAUGUUGUUGCAGAUUCCGCACGAUGGUAAUCACAAUGGGGCACUGCUUGCAGGAUAUUACAUUAUCUCUGUAUACCCAGGAAUUACACCCUUGAUCUACUCGUGGUCUGCUGGUAACACAGGAGGCGAAACGAAGAAGAAGCUUGUGAACGGUAUUCUACUCGUUGGACAAUGUGCUGGUAACGUCCUAGGAUCGAACCUGUACACUACGACCGAAGCACCGCUAUAUAGACGUGGUCUGCUCUCCAACCUCGCCAUGUUCUGUGUUCUCAUCCUGCUUUGCGCAUUGAACAUGGGAUACCUCUUCUUCCUAAACAAGAAACACGAGCAAAAGCGAGUGAGCAUGGGAAAGAGCGCAAAGAUCAUCGACCACUCCAUGCAAGCCGUAGGAGCGGUCCCAAUCGACAAGACCGAAGCACCUCAGGAGACGCUUGGCGACGACAAUGCGUUCAAGGACCUGACGGACUGGGAGAACGAGGAUUUCGUCUAUGUAUACUAAGAGCGGGAUCUUCACGCCAAUAAGGCAAGGAAUUAUGGAAUGUCUUGAGAAAUAUGCGGGUUAUUUUGUAGCGUUCAUUUCAUGUUAUCAUGUUUUUCAGUCUAUG